CACCACAGAACAGAGCGGGGAACCGUCACAGGUUGCCAGUGGAAAGGGCCUCCCGCGGGUUCCCCUUCCGUUCUGCCUGGCGACUUCCGCUCCAGGCCCAGCAACAUGGACGCUUCAGCCCACCGGCCGGGUGGCCGCUGAGCAGUCGCUGAAGCUCGCUCCCUUGAGCAGUGGCCGGCGGGUCUCUCCGCCUUCCCGUCCGGCGCUUGUGUCCCUGUGGCCGGCCGGCCCGGCCCUACAUGGGGGGCGGGCCUCUGCAACCCCGGCUUGGCUUCCUGUUCAGAGGCGGCCUGGCGCUAGGCGGCGGCCACUCUACCCGCGCCCGCUUCGGUGCGGUCACCGAGCCCGGGAGGAGGCUCCAGGGCCGCAUCUCGGGCGGUUGUGCCAAGCCGGGCUGUGAGCCGCCAUGGCCCCAGUGCAGCUGGAUAACCACCAGCUGAUCCCUCCGGGCGGCGGCGGCAGCAGCGGCUCAGCGUCUGCCCCCGCUCCUCAGCCGCCGGGAGCCGCGGUAGCCGCAGCAGCUGCGGCCGCGGCUAGCCCUGGUUACCGGCUUAGCACGCUCAUCGAAUUUCUGCUGCACCGGGCCUACUCGGAGCUACUGGUGUUGACGGACUUAUUGCCAAGGAAAUCUGAUGUGGAAAGGAAAAUAGAAAUUGUACAGUUUGCUAGCCGGACACGUCAACUCUUCGUUCGAUUAUUAGCUUUAGUAAAAUGGGCCAAUGAUGCUGGCAAAGUAGAAAAGUGUGCGAUGAUCUCAAGCUUUUUAGAUCAGCAAGCAAUCUUGUUUGUGGACACCGCUGAUCGCUUGGCCUCCUUAGCUAGAGAUGCACUGGUCCAUGCACGCCUGCCUAGUUUUGCUAUCCCAUAUGCCAUUGAUGUGCUGACUACUGGCUCUUAUCCACGACUUCCAACCUGCAUCAGGGAUAAAAUUAUUCCUCCAGAUCCAAUUACCAAAAUUGAGAAACAAGCAACACUUCAUCAGCUUAAUCAAAUUCUUAGACAUAGACUUGUAACAACAGAUCUUCCUCCACAGCUAGCAAAUCUUACAGUGGCAAAUGGUCGUGUGAAGUUCCGAGUUGAGGGAGAAUUUGAAGCAACUUUGACGGUAAUGGGAGAUGAUCCAGAAGUUCCAUGGCGCCUUCUCAAGCUUGAAAUUCUAGUUGAAGAUAAGGAAACAGGAGAUGGCCGAGCUUUGGUUCAUAGCAUGCAAAUCGACUUUAUCCAUCAAUUGGUGCAGUCUAGGCUUUUUGCUGAUGAGAAACCUCUUCAGGACAUGUACAACUGUCUCCAUUGUUUCUGCUUAUCACUUCAAUUAGAAGUGCUACAUUCCCAGACUCUGAUGUUAAUCCGAGAGAGGUGGGGUGACCUUGUACAGGUGGAAAGGUAUCAUGCUGGAAAGUGCCUCUCUCUCUCAGUUUGGAACCAACAGGUUCUGGGGAGAAAAACAGGCACGGCAUCUGUUCACAAAGUUACAAUUAAAAUCGAUGAGAAUGAUGUCUCCAAGCCUUUACAGAUAUUUCAUGACCCUCCUUUGCCAGCUUCUGAUUCUAAAUUAGUAGAAAGAGCUAUGAAGAUUGACCACUUAUCAAUAGAAAAGCUCCUGAUUGAUAGUGUACAUGCAAGAGCCCAUCAGAAGCUGCAGGAAAUGAAGGCUAUUCUUAGAAACUUCAAUGCUAAUGAAAACUCUUCCAUAGAGACUGCACUUCCAGCUCUCAUUGUUCCCAUCUUGGAGCCUUGCGGUAAUUCAGAGUGCCUACACAUUUUUGUAGAUUUGCAUUCUGGAAUGUUCCAGUUGAUGCUUUAUGGACUUGACCAGACCACUCUGGAGGACAUGGAAAAGUGUGUAAAUGAUGACAUGAAGCGGAUCAUCCCUUGGAUUCAGCAACUUAAGUUUUGGCUUGGACAACAGCGUUGCAAACAAUCUAUAAAGCAUCUGCCUACAAUAACCACUGAAACGUUACAGCUUUCUAACUAUUCAACACAUCCCAUUGGAAACCUUUCUAAGAAUAAGCUGUUUAUUAAACUUACCCGUCUUCCACAGUACUACAUUGUUGUAGAAAUGCUUGAGGUUCCCAAUAAGCCCACUCAGCUAUCAUACAAGUAUUACUUCAUGUCUGUGAGUACUGCAGACCGUGAAGACAGCCCUGUUAUGGCACUGCUGCUGCAGCAGUUCAAGGACAACAUCCAGGACUUGAUUUCUUAUACAAAGACUGGGAAGCAGACCAGAACUGGUACCAAGCACAAGUUGUCUGAUGACCCAUGUCCGGUAGAAUGCAAGAAAGCCAAACGAUCAGGAGAAAUGUGUGCCUUCAAUAAAGUACUAGCUCAUUUUGUCGCUAUGUGCGAUACCAACAUGCCAUUUGUAGGACUUCGAUUGGAGUUGUCCAACCUGGAGAUACCACAUCAAGGAGUGCAAGUAGAAGGUGAUGGCUUCAGCCAUGCAAUUCGCUUAUUAAAAAUUCCUCCCUGUAAGGGAGUAAAUGAAGAAACCCAAAAGGCCCUUGACCGCUCUCUUCUUGAUUGCACUUUCCGACUACAAGGUAGAAAUAACCGCACAUGGGUGGCAGAGUUAGUAUUUGCAAAUUGUCCGCUUAAUGGCACUUCCACCAGGGAGCAAGGACCAUCCCGGCAUGUUUAUCUGACAUAUGAAAAUCUGUUGUCUGAACCUGUUGGUGGUAGAAAAGUAGUUGAAAUGUUUCUUAAUGAUUGGAGUAGCAUUGCCCGAUUAUACGAGUGUGUGUUGGAAUUUGCACGUUCUCUACCAGACAUACCUGCUCAUCUGAAUAUUUUCUCCGAAGUCCGUGUUUAUAAUUAUCGGAAACUUAUCUUGUGUUAUGGAACCACCAAAGGAAGCUCAAUUAGUAUCCAGUGGAAUUCCAUUCAUCAGAAAUUUCACAUUUCUUUGGGAACAGUUGGCCCAAACUCAGGUUGCAGUAACUGUCACAAUACCAUUCUCCAUCAACUUCAAGAAAUGUUCAACAAAACACCAAAUGUGGUUCAGUUAUUACAGGUGUUGUUUGAUACUCAGGCACCAUUAAAUGCCAUCAACAAACUCCCUACUGUGCCAAUGUUGGGCUUGACUCAGAGAACUAACACCGCCUACCAGUGUUUCUCCAUUCUACCACAGUCAUCCACCCAUAUCAGACUGGCCUUCAGGAACAUGUACUGCAUUGACAUAUAUUGCCGUAGUCGAGGUGUUGUGGCAAUACGAGAUGGUGCCUAUAGUCUUUUUGAUAACAGCAAGUUAGUUGAAGGCUUCUAUCCUGCCCCAGGAUUAAAGACGUUCCUGAACAUGUUUGUUGAUAGCAAUCAGGAUGCAAGGAGAAGAUCUGUAAAUGAGGAUGAUAACCCCCCAUCUCCUAUAGGAGGUGAUAUGAUGGACUCUUUAAUAUCACAGCUCCAGCCACCUCAGCAACAGCCAUUUCCAAAGCAGCCAGGGACUUCCGGCGCUUACCCUCUUACUUCACCCCCUACUUCCUAUCACAAUACAAUUAAUCAGUCCCCCUCUAUGAUACACACACAGUCUCCAGCACCUUGCAGUACCUCUACUCAACCUUCAGUCACCCUUGCAGCUAGUACUAGCCAGCAGAGUGCUUCUUCUAGGACAGAAGUUAGUGGCUUCUACUCCAGAUGCUACUGGUUGAUUAUCAUCCAAAGAAAUCUGCAUGCUGCCAGCUCCCCCAGUGGGGCUUUGAGAGCCCCAUCACCAGCGUCCUUUGUUCCAACUCCUCCCCCAUCCUCGCAUGGAAUCUCAAUAGGACCAGGGGCCAGUUUUGCUAGUCCACAUGGAACCCUUGACCCUAGUUCUCCAUAUACUAUGGUGUCACCAAGUGGACGAGCAGGAAACUGGCCUGGGUCUCCUCAAGUGUCUGGACCCUCGCCAGCAGCCCGAUUGCCUGGAAUGUCACCAGCCAACCCAUCUCUACAUUCUCCUAUUCCAGAUGCUUCUCAUUCCCCUCGAGCUGGCACAAGUUCCCAGACAAUGCCAACCAACAUGCCUCCACCUCGCAAACUACCUCAGCGCUCCUGGGCAGCAUCUAUACCCACCAUCCUCACUCAUAGUGCCUUGAACAUCUUACUGCUACCUUCUCCGACACCAGGCCUUGUGCCUGGCCUGGCAGGCAGUUACCUUUGUUCCCCACUUGAGAGAUUCCUUGGAUCUGUCAUCAUGAGACGACACCUUCAAAGAAUUAUUCAACAGGAAACGUUGCAGCUGAUCAAUUCCAACGAGCCUGGUGUAAUCAUGUUCAAGACAGAUGCCCUGAAAUGCAGAGUAGCCCUUAGUCCCAAAACCAACCAGACCCUACAGCUAAAAGUGACACCUGAAAAUGCAGGACAGUGGAAACCUGAUGAGCUUCAAGUUUUGGAGAAAUUCUUCGAAACAAGAGUUGCAGGACCUCCAUUUAAAGCCAACACACUUAUAGCCUUCACUAAGCUAUUGGGAGCACCAACACACAUCCUACGUGACUGUGUGCAUAUUAUGAAGUUGGAGCUGUUUCCAGACCAAGCAACACAGCUAAAAUGGAAUGUUCAGUUUUGCCUCACUAUCCCUCCCAGCGCACCACCAAUUGCACCUCCUGGGACACCAGCUGUGGUGCUGAAAUCCAAAAUGCUAUUUUUUCUUCAACUAACUCAGAAAACAUCAGUCCCUCCCCAAGAACCUGUUAGUAUAAUAGUUCCAAUCAUUUAUGACAUGGCUUCAGGUACCACCCAGCAGGCAGACAUUCCCAGACAGCAGAACUCUUCUGUUGCUGCGCCCAUGAUGGUCAGCAACAUUCUGAAGAGGUUUGCAGAGAUGAAUCCACCACGACAAGGUGAAUGCACAAUAUUUGCAGCUGUUCGUGAUUUAAUGGCUAAUCUUACACUGCCCCCUGGUGGGCGUCCAUAGACACUAUUGUUUUUAAACCCAGGAAGGCUGACAAAUGAAAAAACAACACACACAAAAAAAUAGGCUGAAUUCAGCCAUCAGUUUUAAAAAGGAAAAGGACUUUUUAAAAAAAAAACCUUAAGAGCUAAAUAUUCUAAACUGGCAAAACUUUUCAGGGUGCACUUCUUUCAUCAAAAAUACCAUUAAUCUUUUGUAUAGCGAACUUGUAUAGUGUGUUUAAAUGCGACACAUUUCAAACUAGGUAAUAAAACAGUAUCCGCUUGCCAGUAAUAGAUUUAAUAUUCUGUUUUAUACUAUAAAGUAAUGAAAAUGCCAAACUUGUUUAUUUAAUUGCUUUCUUAUGUUUUUGGGUGUAAUGGUCUUUUUUUGAUUUUUUUUUUAAAGGCAGGUCUUGUCAUUUUUGAAUACUGUAAAACUGUGACAAACUUUAUAUUGAAGCUGUAUUUUAAUAUGACCGCUUUGAAUCCUUACACAGAAAUGUUUGGGAGCUGUUAAACAUAUCCCAAAGAAGCAAUAUUUAAUAAAACUAGGAUAUAAAAGUGACACUUGUGUGUGUAUAAGCGCUCUAGAGUUCUUAGGGCCUCCCUUCAUCUUUAACUUGAUGGGGCCAGUCAGUUUUUAAUUACAUAUGUCUGAAAUUUGAACAAAAACAAUUUUAAGGUUAAUGUAGUUCCUUCAGACAUUCCUCACAUGACUGGUGAUAACAUUUAGCACCUCCGUUGUUUUUCAGUAUAGGACUUGGGUAAAAUGAAACAACUUUGUCUUUGAAAAGAGACAGUAAAUGAUUUGUAACAAUCAAGGAUCCCAAAUAAUGCAAUUAUUUUCAUGUGCAAGGAAGUGGGAGCCUUUUUGCUAGGAAAAUGGAUACUUCUGCAUACAGCAUUAACUAGGAAGCAAAGAACUGAAUGCUCUAGUUUGCAUGAAGUUUUGGUGACAUUUCUUUAUCUUAUUUAACUUUUUACCUUUCCCAGCACAAUUGGGUUGUUCUGAACAAUCUCAAUUUAAUUAAUUGUCUGCAAAAUGAUAGGAUGAUUUUGCUGGACACAACCUGGUCCAGUCAUUUAAAAAGUCCACAGUACAGGGCCUGUCUAGGGUCCAGUGGAGUUUCUAGCACUGGUACCUCUCCAUAGGAUUUCUUUCUAGCGUACUGUACUGCCUCUCGAAGCCAGUCAGGGACUUUUAAACUUCAAUGAAUAUGAUCUGAUUCAAAUGAUGACUUGAUGUUAUUUGGAGCAUUUUUUGUUGUUGUUUUGCUUUGUGUUUUUUUAAAUGAAAAUAUUCUGAGUUAUCUAGUCAAUGUAAUAUGGUCCUUAAUGAAAUUUUAGAUGUUUGUCUGAUUCCAUUUUAUGAUUAAUUGAGCUUCUAUAACUAUAACUACCAGAUUCCAGUUUUAAGCAUCUCACUACAACGGUAUCAUAUGUUCUCAACUUUGCUUGAAUCUCCAUUUCCAGUCAGAGUUGAGGCCUUCCUUCUUUGUCUUCUGUGUUUCAUUUCUGCCUUCAUCUCCUGCUUUCCACCCAACUCUGCCACUAUUCCAGAGUAGGUGACUAAACUUAUAUUCUUCCUUUAACCUAACCCUUUUCUUCUUCUGUUUUCAGUUCUCUUCACAGUGGUAAUCACAUGGGUUUGGCAAUCUAAGAUGUCUUGAUCAGGAGUCAGCCCUUUUCUAUUUGGAGCUGAAUCCUAUCUUUCAUGUAGAAAUCUACAUGUAUAUACAAGAAAUGUAUUUUUAUCUGCAGGAUGAUAUUGUUUCAAAUAAUUUUAUUAAUAGAAUUAACUUUUCAGGUAUUUUCUCUUUUAAGUGUGGUUUUGAAUUGUUAAUUGCAUUUUUGUACAUGAUGCAUUCAAUGGCUACUUUUUCCUAAUUAUAACUCACCUUUGAAUGCAUUGUGUAAAUCAUUUAAGAUAGGAUUCAAUGAACAGAAUUUGAUUUUGAUGCUUAUUAAAAGUAAACCAAUGAAUUUGAAUUUUGAUAUUAUGCUUGGUACUUGGAAUUGGUAUAUACUUUAUUAAAGCUUGGAAAUAUUUAGCAUUUGAAUCAUAACUUUCAUCACAAACCAUGUCUUUUGCCUCUUUUGUUAACCAGGUUCAAUCAAAGAAACUGGAUGCCAUAGUAAUUUUUCUCUAGUAGGUGGUUGGAAUUUUAUUUUAAGGUGUUUUCAAUGUGAUUUUAGUAUUUACAGUAAUAAAUAAAAUUUAUGCAAGUUUCAGAGAA